UGUUUAAAGCCAGGAUUUCUGGGCUGGACGCCCCUCUCUCCUCACCUGAACUCCCAGAUCGAAGGGGGCAGCCUAGCCAAGGCGGGGUGACUUGGUUUCUUCAUCUUCCCGUUGGAAAGAGGCGGGCUGGGGAGAUGACACAGCCAGUGUGGGAGUGAGUGGGACUGGAGGAGCUCGUAGGGAGGGUACAGGAAUGUGACGAGACCAGAGCCACUCCGGAGAGCUCUUCCCUGGCUCAUUGGUUUCUCGAAGCAAGUCCGGGCACUCGAGCAGGGCAGUUAAGAGGCUUUCCAAUGUAACCCCCCAGCCCCGCCUGUUGCUGCUCUAGUUUAACUAAGGAACCAACAGCCUGAGAAGCGAAGCGAAGCAGCCGCCCCCUUGAAUCUCUCUCCAAAGGGAAGCUGCCCUGCUGGUUCUGCGGCUGUCGGGGCGAGAAGGCGCCUGUGGGAUGCGCUCCUAACUCCGCUGCCCUAGCCACGCUCACAGCCUUGUAACCAGCAGCCGCGGAGGCAGCCCAGGUGAUCGGAGUGAAACCAAGGACGCGGCAACUCCAGGCAUUUGCUCCGCCCGGGGGAGUUUUUCCAGCAGCUCCUGCCCUUGCCCUGGCUGGUGAAGGAAGCACCAAGCCGAGGACUGUCUCCAGCGAGCUGGGGCAGGGUUUCCUGAGGGGUGGGCGCCUGAAGUGAUUUUGGAUGGUUAGCAGGGGAGCAAACCCCCCUCGAGCAUGGACCUGUGCUUGUGAGCUCCCUGGCUAACUCCCCGGUGCGCUGUGCGGGAGGAGCUGUCAACGGAAGUGAAAGAUGAAGCCUCCCGUUCUCUUGGUUCUUGUGAUCUGUACAGUCGUCAGCACAAAUUUGAAGUUGGUAUCAAAGAGAAAUUCCGUUGAUGGUUGCAUUGACUGGUCAGUGGAUCUCAAGACAUACAUGGCUUUGGCAGGUGAACCAGUCCGAGUGAAAUGUGCCCUUUUCUACAGCUACAUCAGGACUAAUUAUAGUAUGGCCCAAAGCACAGGUCUUAGGCUUAUGUGGUACAAAAACAAAGGAGAUUUAGAAGAACCCAUUAUAUUUUCAGAAGCUAGGAUGAGCAAGGAUGAAGAUUCAAUAUGGUUUCAUUCGGCUGAGUUGCAAGACAGUGGAUUCUACACGUGUGUUUUAAGAAACUCCACCUAUUGCAUGAAGGUGUCAAUGUCCUUGACAGUGGCUGAGAAUGAAUCUGGGCUUUGCUACAACAGCCAGAUCCGAUAUUUGGAAAAAUCAGAAGUCAUGAAAAGAAAGAUAAUCUCCUGCCCCGAUAUUGAGGAUUAUAAAACAUCAAAUCAAGAGCCAGAAGUAGUAUGGUACAAGGAAUGUAAGCCAAAAAUGUGGAGAAGCGUCGUCAUUCAGAAAGGAAAUACUCUUUUAAUACAAGAAGUCCAGGAAGAAGAUGGAGGAAAUUAUACUUGUGAACUAAAGUUUGAAGGCAAACUAAUAAGAAGAACAACUCAGUUAAAGGUUACAGCUUUGCUCACCGACAAACCUCCAAAACCAUUGUUCCCCGUGGAGAACCAGCCGAGUGUCAUAGAUGUCCAGCUGGGUAACCCACUAAGCAUUGCCUGCAAAGCAUUCUUUGGAUUCAGUGGAGAAUCGGGCCCCAUGAUCUACUGGAUGAGAGGGGAAAAAUUCAUUGAAGAACUAGAAGGUCACAUUAGAGAAGGGGAAAUCAGACUCCUCAAAGAACAUCUUGGAGAGAAAGAAGUGGAAUUAACAUUAACCUUUGAUGCUGUUGGGGAGGCAGACCUGGCUAACUACACCUGCCACGUGGAAAACCGAAAUGGACGUAAGCAUGCCAGUGUCCUUCUGCGUAAAAAAGAUUUGAUCUACAAAAUAGAGCUUGCCGGAGGAUUGGGAGCUAUCCUUCUCCUGCUUAUUUUGCUUGUGACUAUCUAUAAAUGCUACAACAUAGAGUUAAUGCUAUUCUAUAGACAGAAUUUUGGAGGCGAUGACUCUAUGGAUGGCGUUUGUUUUUCUACAGACAACAAGGAAUACGAUGCCUAUCUCUCUUACACCAAAGUGGAUCCAGAUGCUUUAGACUGCGAUAAUAACGAAGAGGAGCAGUUUGCACUUGAAAUACUGCCAGAUGUUCUGGAAAAACAUUAUGGAUACAAACUCUUCAUUCCAGAUAGGGACCUGAUCCCUAGCGGGACAUACAUUGAAGAUCUCACAAGAUGUGUUGAGCAAAGCAGAAGACUCAUUAUCGUGUUAACUCCAGACUAUGUUCUCAGGAGAGGAUGGAGUAUUUUUGAGAUGGAAAACAGACUCCAUAACAUGCUAGUCAGUGGAGAAAUCAAAGUUAUUUUGAUUGAGUGUACUGACUUAAAAGGCAAAGUGAAUUACCACGAAGUGGAAUCUUUAAAGCACACCAUCAAACUUCUCUCAGUGGUCAAGUGGAAAGGACCAAAAAGCAGCAAACUGAAUUCUAAGUUUUGGAAGCGCUUAGUCUAUGAAAUGCCAGCGAAGAAAAAAGAGGUUUUAUCUCGGCGCCAAGUGCUGGACUCUGCAGAACAGGGACUUUUUGGAGACCUCCAAACUGUACCGUCUCUUGCUAUGACAGGCGCCUCUGCCACUUUUGUAGCAUCUCAAGCAGAUUUAGCCGAUUACCAUCAAACGGAUUCCAUGCAAAUGAGACAUUAUUGCAGAGGAUACGAGUAUGACAUGUCAGCAGCAACCAUGCCAAUAGCUUCCAUAAGUAAUCACCACACCUAUUGUAACAUACCCUUGACACUACUAAAUGGACAGCUACCUCUUAAUAAUACCAUGAAGGACACCCAAGAAUUUCACAGGAACAACCCAUUGCUACCUUUAUCAUCCCAGGAACUUAGCUUCACAAGUGAUAUUUGGUAGUGAAGAUGAGAACUCUUUUGAGAUGCUUUCUGAGCACCAUGAAGACAGAUUUUUAAAGAACAUUAAAUCAAUGCCACGGGGUGCCGAAUCAGAUUGGAGGCAGAGACACAUUUACUCACUUUUGUACCUGAAUUUUUAGUUUACAUUUCCAAAUUAUUGACAAAGGGGACCUUCUUUUGUAGUUCAAUAUGUAGCUCAUAUCAUUUAAUGUACAGUUGUAUUGAUUCUUUGAAGGGGGAAAUAUAUCCUUUGAUUUUAACAUAUAUGUUUUACAGUCUGGUAUGGAUGGAAGUUCAAUACUGUAUAUGAUCUCCGACACCCAUCUUUAUGUAAUGGGAUUUCAUCUAUUUACACAGAAUUUAAAAAAAAGAAAAUAUAAACUUUAGUACAGAUUGCAAAUUCUAAACUUAACAUGCUAUAAAAGAAAAUAUGUCUUUGUAGAGCACACUGGGUGAACCAUUCUCAAAAGAAAACCGUAGGCAGCACUUCCCAUAAGGUUGUCACAAGUACAUUUUAGAAGAGGACCGGUUGAUACACCAAUGUGGAUGAAGAGUUACUAGUUUAUCAAUAAAGUGCACAGUAACUGCAGAAUAAAUCAACUGCUCAUAUCAGCAUCCAUUCAUUUUGUUA